CAGCUUAAGUUGGCCGCAUUUGUCACAAUCAGCUGUUUGCAAAAAUUAAAAUCGCAUUGCCGCUUUACAAAUCACGCAUAAAAAAUGAUGCAACAAACUAGACGCAUUCUUAGGCCAGUGAUAAAUGGAUUUUGGACUUUGCCGGCACGAGGUGCUGCAAGCACGACGGCCCCAGCGCCCGCCAAAAUUGAAAAAACUGUUAACACGGUAACUAUAUUGGGACGUGUGGGUGCAGAUCCACAACUACGUGGCUCGCAGGAGCAUCCAGUGGUCACCUUCUCAGUGGCUACUCACACCAAUUACAAAUAUGAGAAUGGGGACUGGGCACAACGCACCGACUGGCAUCGAGUGGUUGUCUUCAAACCCAAUUUGCGCGACACUGUGCUGGAGUACCUGAAAAAAGGGCAGCGUACCAUGGUGCAGGGCAAGAUCACAUACGGCGAGAUAACCGAUCAGCAGGGCAACCAGAAGACGAGCACCAGCAUUAUAGCAGACGAUGUGCUGUUCUUCCGUGACUCGAACUAACAACUAACAAUUAGCAAGCCAAAUAUCUGCAUAAUCUUCUUAGACUUAAGAACAAAGUUGAACUUGAAAGCAUUUAAUUGACUAAUUAUUC